GACACGGAAGUCGGAUAUUAUAAAUCAUAACAUAUACUGGGGUUUGUAGUCUAUUGGCCCUCCAUCUUUUUUUUACGUCAUUUCUUUUCUAUUUUCCCACAACAGAGGCUGGGAAAGCAGCGGAUUUUAUAAGACACCUUCGAGACAUCAUUCUGAGGUGCAAAAUGUCCUACGUCUUCAUCAACGACUCCCUGCAGACCACCGUGCCGCUGCUGCAGGCCUGUAUCGACGGUGAUCUCGCUCACACUAAACGGCUCCUGGAGUCCGGAUUCGACCCAAACACCCGGGACUGCCGUGGACGGACCGGACUGCAUCUGGCUGCCGCGCGGGGAAACGUUGAGAUCUGCUGUCUGCUGCACAAGUUCGGUGCUGAUCUGUUGGCCACUGACUCGCAGGGCAACACGGCACUGCACAUGUGUGGGCAUGUGGACACCAUCCAGUUCCUGGUGUCCAACGGCCUCAAGAUUGACAUCUGCAAUCACAAUGGAGCCACUCCUCUGGUGCUGGCCAAGAGACGUGGCGUGAACAAGGACGCGCUCCAUCUGCUGGAGGGGCUGGAGGAACAGGAAGUCAAGGGCUUCAACCGCAGCUCCCACUCCAGUCUGGAGAAGAUGCACAUGGCUGAGAAUGAAAGUGCCAUGGAGAGCCACUCUCUUCUCAACCCGCACUUACACAACAGCGACGGCGUGUUGUCCAGCUUCCGUACCACAUGGCAGGAGUUUGUGGAGGAUCUUGGUUUCUGGCGAGUGCUCUUGCUGCUCCUCGUCAUCGCUCUGCUCUCGCUCGGCAUCGCGUAUUAUGUCAGCGGAGUCCUACCCUUCGCAUCUAACCAGCUGGAACUCGUGCACUGAGGCACUGACAUAUGAAAGCCCAUUAAAAACAAUGAUUUUUUAAAUCUUUCAUUAGCUGAUGAUUGUUCCUACAGUUGCUAAUUGUGUAUAACCAUGCUUUAAAUUGCAACCAUACUUUUUUUGUGUAUAAUAAUGUAAAUAGACCUUUCAUGUGCUAAAAAAAUUUUAACUUCUAUUUUCAUCUCUCUUGUGUUUGAAAACCCUUACGAAAAUAAACCAUGGUUUUAAUAGAAAUAAAACUAAAAAAAUGUGGUUGUAGUUAAAAAACACAAAUUAACCAUGAUUUUGCUACGUUAAUCAUAGUUUAACCAUGGUGUUUGUAGUAAAACUGUGGUUAUACAAAUGAUAAUCAAUACACCCAAAAAAAACAAUAAUAAAAACCAUGGUUAAUUUUGGUAAGGGAAUAUGUUUUUGUUGUGUAUUCUUCACAUUAAUGUUAUUAAGUGUGUGACAACCCACCUUGGCACCUAUUUAAUUUAAAUUAUUGGAUUUGCACAUUAAAGAUUUGCAGCUGCAAAAA